AUGGCGAGCGCAGUCGCUGAUGGGAGGAGAAAAUCCGCGCCAGCUAUCUGUCCAACGGAUGAUGAUACGGUAGUAUUGGGGAAUAAACAGUCGAGAAUGGGGCAGAAGGAGGGGUAUGGAGAGGAGGUGAAACUAAAGCCCGCGGGGAAGGAGAUUAGAAAUAAACAAAGUUGGGAUUAUAUUUGGAGAACGGGGUUGGCGGGGGGUCUGGCUGGUAGUGCAGCAAAAACCGUAGUCGCCCCCCUCGACCGAGUAAAAAUCCUCUUCCAAGCCAGUAACCCUCAAUUCGCCAAAUACACCGGCUCCUGGUUUGGUUACAUUACAGCCAUGCGAGACAUUCACAGCGAUGAGGGACUACGUGGACUCUUUCGCGGGCAUUCUGCGACUAUCCUCCGUAUAUUCCCAUACGCUGCGAUUAAAUUUCUAGCAUAUGAACAAAUCCGCGCAGCGAUAAUACCGAAACAUGAAUACGAGACGCCAUUCAGAAGAUUGAUUAGCGGUAGUUUGGCGGGAGUAACAAGUGUAUUUUUCACUUAUCCCCUAGAGGUGAUGAGGGUUAGAUUAGCAUUCGAGACCAAAGGACGGAGCGUGGGGUUGGGAGAAAUUUGUAGAAGAAUAUAUCACGAAGUUCCGCCGCAGCCUAAAUUGUCUACAACAACUGGGGUAGGAGGCCUAGUUGCCGGAGCAGAAAAUGCAGUGCAGAGUAUCGUUCCCAAGAGCGGGUUGGCGAAUUUUUACAGGGGAUUUUCGGCGACAAUAUUAGGAAUGUUGCCAUAUGCUGGAAUGUCAUUUUUAACGCAUGAUACAGCGGGAGAUUUAUUAAGACAUAAGAGUAUAAAACAGUACACGACACUUCCGAAACCAGCACAUUAUGCGGAGAAUAAACCAGCACCGCUUAGAUCGUGGGCGGAAUUAUUUGCGGGUGGUGUAGCGGGAUUGGUGUCUCAAACGAGCGCAUAUCCUUUGGAAGUGAUAAGGAGAAGAAUGCAGGUUGGUGGAACUGUAGGAGAUGGGAGAAGGUUACAUAUUGGGGAGACGGCAAGGAUGAUUGUUAGGGAGAGGGGAUGGAGAGGUUUCUUUGUGGGGUUGACGAUUGGUUAUGUUAAGGUUGUGCCGAUGGUUGCGGUAAGCUUUUAUGUUUAUGAAAGGGGAAAGGGAUGGUUGGGUAUUUAG